GACAGCCAAGGGAUUUUACACCCCAUGCAACCUGCCCAGCACUCGUCCAGCUUUCUGGCUUCCAUUGAACCGUGAUUUCUCAGAUCUGGAGACGUGACUGCAAGCACUUGAGAUCCUUGGAUAAAAUGUGUCUCCAGAGAGAGCCCAACCCCUGUCCUGUAAUAACUGUAGAGCACUUUAAAGAAUCAGCGGUUGCUAAAGGCCUUCCCCUGUAUGCAGACCCCUCCAGAAUACCUGACACAAAGACUCAGAACAACUUAGAAUCCGACUACUUGGCCAGAGAUGGCCCUUCAAGCAAUAGCUCAUUCCACAGCAGUGAAGAGGAAGGGACUGACCUUGAGGGGGACAUGCUAGACUGCAGUGGGUCUCGACCACUCCUGAUGGAAUCUGAAGAAGAGGAUGAGAGCUGCAAGCCUCCCCAGGUGAAGCUGGGAGGAACUGUUCCUUUCGCUCCACCAGAAGUCUCUACUGAGCAAGCAAAAACAGUACAAGCUGGAAGACAGAACCAGUUCCAGCCCCUCACACAGCCAACUCCUGAUGGUCUCAGUGAGCCAGAUGUUUUCGCCACAGCCCCCUUCAGGAGCUCAAGGGUUCCAACUAAUGACAUGGACAUUUUCUCCAAAGCCCCAUUUGUCUCCAAGGGCAGUGUGGCUUCUUCCCAGCCAGAGGAGGCAGACGUGUUCUUGAGAGCUCCUUUUACUAAGAAGAAAAGCAUGGAGGAGUUGACAGUUGUCCAGAGCACCUCCCAGGAGUUGCCCGCACAGGCCAGUCUCCUCAGUCAGGCAGGGGAAGUUCCUCUGCUCUCUGGCCUUGAUAGAGCAGUAUAUGCCUCUGUGCGAGCUCAGUAUUCCAUGGCUGGUUUUGUGCAGCAAUCUAACCUUCCGUCCCAUUCUGUACAAGCAGCAGACCAUCUUGAGAGCAUCUCUCCUAGGGUAUCGUCUCUGGAAUCUGGGGGCCAUCCUAAUGACAGGAACAAAGGACCUCAGCCCCAGAAAGAAGCUGUCUCAGGCCCUGUGGCUGGCAAACCAUUCCGCCCCCAGUCCUUAUCCAAAUAUUCCCGUCACUAUAGCCCAGAAGAUGAGCCAAGUCCUGAAGCCCAGCCCAUUGCUGCCUACAAAAUUGUCUCACAAACCAACAAGCAGUCGAUAGCUGGCUCUGUUUCCAUCACGUCGCUCUCCUCCAGGACUACAGAGCUGCCAGCUGCUGAUCCUUUUGCUUUAGCUCCAUUUCCUUCAAAAUCUGGCAAACAGAAACCUUAAGAGAAGUACCUGAGCCUUAGGUGUCCGUCUUCACCCCACCCGCAGUAGUCGUCAUACCACUCCCAGCUGAGCCUUCCCAGGAAGAAAUGUUACCAAUUAUCAUCUUUCCGUUUCCUGCCUCAGAGCAGAACUGCUUUAGUCAACAAACUCACUUGCAGUGAUACUUAGUUGAAGCCCCUUUAAAUUAUGCUCAUUUGUUUAUAUUGAUUUCUAGACUUUGGGGCAUUUCCAUCUCUUUCACUGAGGCCUUCCACCUCCACCCAGAACUCUGCUUAUGUUUGUCCAGAAACUUUAAGUGCAGAAAUAUUUCACCUCAAUCCAAAGGAGGUCACUUGAUUUGCUAGUUUCAAUUCCUGAAGCCCCUAUUCUGAGUCAUGUCCAUUGAAGAAUCAAAAUUAAUCCCUCCAGGACUUGAUAUGAUACUCUUUAAAGGUGGAGGUUUCUGGAAAGGAAAGCAAGAUAAAAAUCCUAGACAUUAAGAGGAAGUAUAAUCACACAGCUACUAAUCAUUCCUGUAGAACCAGCAGCUCUAAAAGGAUUCUCUGGAUCUGUUUCUGAGUCUGUGUGUAAGCCAGGCUAGCCUCAUGCAUUAGUGUCUGUGGGUGUGUAAUGUGCGUCAGAGCCUUCCCUAUGUAGAAACGAA